GGGAAUUCAGCAUUUUCCCAUGGCAACUUCUAAGCUUAUCAGUGUUGCUUUCUUUACGUUAUUGGGUUUAGGCAUUUGUGUUGGUGCCAGAUCACUCCUUGAUCUGGAGGGGGGUCUACACUUUGGUGCUGAUGUUGCGCAUCAUGACAGUGUGGUAGUCGGAGGUUAUGGGGGCGUUGGAGGGUCUGGUGGAGGGGGAGGAUAUGGAGGCGCUGGAGUGCAUGGUGGUGGUGGCUAUGGAGGAGGAGCUGGAGGAGGUGAAGGUGGUGGUGCAGGAUAUGGACCUGGAGGAGGAAGUGGAGGAGGAAGAGGUGCCGGUAAAGGAGGCGGUGAAGGCUAUGGAGGAGGGGUAGCUCACGGGGGAGGGUAUGGAGGAGGCGGUGGCUGGGGCAGUGGUGGAGGCGGAGGCGGUGGUGUGCUGGGGGUGCUGGUGGCGGUUAUGGAGGCGGGGAAGGACGUGGAGCUGGUGGGGGAUACGGAGGAGAGCAUGGAGGAGGAUAUGGAGGUGGGGGAGGAAGUGGAGGUGGCGGAGGAGGUGGUGGAGCUGGUGGAGCUCAUGGAGGUGGGUAUGGCAGUGGAGGAGGAGCAGGUAGAGGAUAUGGCGGAGGAGCUGCUGGUGGCGGUGGAGGCGGAUCUGGAGGAGGCGGUGGCGGCGGCUAUGGUGGUGGCGGCGCUCACGGAGGCGGAUAUGGAGCAGGUGGUGGCAGUGGCGAAGGAGGUGGCCACGGUGGAUAUCAUCCCUGAGGUUGGAUUACAGGCUUACAGCAGCUCCUCUUACUCACAUAAUAAGAGAAGUCACGUUGUACUAUGAAAAUUUACAAUAAAAAAAUGGGUAUGAGGAUGCAUAAAUAGUAAUGAGUGUUGUUGUGUUUGCUUUGUUUUCGUGUAACAUGCAUGUCAAAAACAGGCCGUCCAAAUAUUAACUGAUGGCUACGCACAUUACCAGCUUCAGUAAUUAUGCCCUGGAACAAAGACAAAUGACAGAAUAAGGGAAUUUCACUUCUGGGGA